GGCGCAUGUAAUGGUUGGAGAGGUGUGGUGGCUGCUGUUAAGAAGCACGGAUUGCUGAGCCGGUCCAAUGGCUAGUCCGAAAAACCAGAGCUCCGACAUCCAUUCUGUGGCCCGCACCGCGGCAACACACUCUGUGCUCAUGCAAGCUACGAUCCACAGCGGUCGCAAGCUGCAGAUACCCGGUCGUGUGGUUAUUGGCAUCGCUCCAUCCACGCAUCGCUUUGGCAAGCUGACUUGCUCGUGCAAGGUCUUCAAUAUUCCUGUCCGUGCGUCGGGAGUCGCUUAGCGUAUCAGCUUCCUAAUUUCACAACUGGUCUUGUGCAAAGUACAUCGAUACCAUCACUUGUAACAAGACUCCCCACCAAUCAUGCGUCCCCAGACCCAGUGCCAGGUCUCACACUACCUCCAAACACCAUGGAUCCUCCUCACUGAGCGACUUGUCAUCGUCCCUACGCCAAUGGCUGUCCGAUGCGACGCUUAUAUCCAGCUGUACAGCGCCUUGCACGCGAGCGAGGCAUUCUGCACAAUGGCAUUCGGACCGGACUGGGGCGUUCGCAACUGGACUGACGAGGAGACGAGAGACGUGAUAAUCACGCGUGACAUGGAGCGAUGCUGGAAGACGAGGGGUAUGGGCGAUUUCGCCGUGGGGAUGCGCACAGAUGACCACGGCACGGACAUUGUUGCUGGUCAAAGUGGGAGGUGCCUGAAUGCGGAGGGGACCGCGAAUCUCGUGCGGAUCUCUGAUCUUGACCUGGGGUUUCUGGAUCGCGUUAAAUGGGCGGGAUACGCGGGUGUUCGAGACGCGACGACAACAUCAAUGCCGGAGCGCGAAGCAGGUGAUGAGCCGUUGCCGCCCUGGGAAGAGAUGGUGGAGCUGAGAUACGGCGUGCACGAAAAGGUCUGGGGUAAGGGCGUGGCUGCUGAGGCAGCUCGAGCUGUGAUGCUAUGGGCAAUGGCUGAGAGAGGUGUAAGACGGUUCAUUGCUGAGACUGAAAAGACGAACGGGAGAAGCGGGAGGGUGUUGCAAAAGAUGGGAUUCAGGGAGAACGGAACUGACUACUGGAAAGAGCCGGGUGAGACGGAGUGGGAGAAGGUUGCGUUGUAGAAACUCGACACCUAUCGGCACGGAGAAGCAACAGAAGUGAAACGACUCAAAGGCAUCCGGCGUGAACGAUAUGAUUUCGAUCUCGGCCGCAUGAUCGAGACCACAAAGCUCGCGAGAAU